AUAUUUGUUGGCAGCAAGCGCAAGCCAAAUAGUAGACAAGCGUUCCCCUCUGCAAACAGUCACAUUCAAGAGCUCAAGCCAAAGAGACACUCGAGCGGACCAGCAACAGCAACGGCAAUAGCAACAGCAACAUCAACAGCAACGUCAGCGGCAACGUUUACGGCAACAGCAGCGGCAAUAACAGCAGCAGCAGCAGCAGCCUCCAGUUGUAGCAGCAAAAGCAGCAGCAGCAGCAACUACAGCAAAACCUCAGACUCAGACUCAGUGGCCAAAAGCAAGCUAACAAUUCACGUUCGUGCGUCGGUUCGUUGCGGCGCGGCGCGCAUUAAAAUAGAGUCAUAUUUGCCACGUUAUUUUAUUUCCAAAUUUGCACAAGGCAUCAGCGGCGCACACAAAUAAAUUAAUCAAAGUGUUUAGCUUCAAGAGGAGCGACAAGUGCACAAACAAAUGCCAAGCAGCAACAGCAGCAGCAGUAGCAACAACAGCAACAGCAGCCAAGAGCAACAACAGCAACAUCAGCGAUUGCUUAAAGAAUAGAACUUGCAGCAGCAAAUCAGCAACAACAAGUGACAAGUGCAGUGCACAAAAAUGCAACAAAUAUUUAAAUUAAUUAACGCAGUGACAGUGCAUUGAAUAACAAUAUCAACAACAACAAUAACAACUAAAACAUAUUGUUAACGAAACAAAAGAUAAGAAAACAAAAACAAAACAAGUUUUUCGGUUUUUCGGUGUUUUUCAUUUGUCUUCAAACAUUCGAACGCGUCGUUGGAGCGCGUUGUGAAUUUUUCUGCAUCCAUUUCGAACGCAACGCGUUGAAAAAGCCGGCAACAUAACGGCGCAACUAUUGAACAGCUUUCUCAAGGGGAGUCCCCACCAGACCACCAUAGAUAUAAUGCAAAAGCUCUACGCGGAGCCGCCGCCCAGUAGUGCGCCGGUCAGCAUGUCCACCGCUGGCGGUGCACCACCCAGCGGCGGUGGCGGUGGCGGCGGUGGUGCGGUACCCACAAGCAACAACAACCCGAAUCCCACAUCGAAUGGCGGCAGCAUGAGUCCGUUGGCGCGCUCCGCAUACACCAUGAACAGCAUGGGUCUCACAGUCGGUGGCAUGUCAUCGGUGUCGCCACAGGCCGCCGCCACCUUUGGCUCCAGCGUGCUCGACUCGGCCGCCGCCGUGGCCAGCAUGAGUGGCAGCAUGGGCGCCGCGGCCGCCAUGAAUUCGAUGGGCGGCAACUGCAUGACGCCCAGCUCGAUGAGCUAUGCGAGCAUGGGUUCGCCGCUGGGUAACAUGGGUGGCUGCAUGGCCAUGUCGGCAGCGAGCAUGUCCGCAGCGGGUUUGGGUGGCAGCUAUGCUGCAAUGCCAGCAGGACCGCGUGAUAUGGAGACGGGAUCACCGAAUUCGCUGGGACGUCGGGGCGUUGACAAACCAACAACAUACAGACGCAGCUACACGCAUGCCAAGCCGCCAUACAGUUACAUUUCACUGAUCACCAUGGCCAUACAGAACAAUCCGACACGCAUGCUCACGCUCUCGGAGAUCUAUCAGUUCAUCAUGGAUCUGUUCCCCUUCUAUCGGCAGAAUCAGCAGCGCUGGCAGAACUCCAUACGCCAUUCGCUGAGCUUCAACGAUUGCUUCGUGAAGAUUCCGCGCACACCGGACAAGCCGGGCAAGGGUUCGUUUUGGACACUGCAUCCGGAUUCGGGCAAUAUGUUUGAGAACGGUUGCUAUCUGCGGCGGCAGAAACGUUUCAAGGACGAGAAGAAGGAGGCCAUCAGGCAGCUGCACAAGAGUCCGUCGCACAGCAGUUUGGAGGCAACCAGUCCGGGCAAGAAGGAUCACGAGGAUUCGCAUCACAUGCACCAUCAUCAUCACACGAGUCGCCUGGAGCAUCAUCAGCAUCACAAGGAGGCGGGCGGCGGUGGUGUUGGGGGCGUGCCACUGGCUGGCGUCAAUGUGCUGAGCGCCGCACACAGCAAGGAUGCCGAGGCGCUGGCGAUGCUGCAUGCGAAUGCAGAGUUGUGUCUGGGGCAGCAGCCGCAGCAUGUGCCCACGCAUCAUCAUCAUCAGCACCAUCAGCUGCAGCAGGAGGAGCUGUCGGCGAUGAUGGCGAAUCGGUGCCAUCCGUCGCUGAUCAGCGACUAUCACUCGUCGAUGCAUCCACUGAAACAGGAGCCAUCCGGCUAUACGCCUUCCAGCCAUCCGUUCUCCAUCAAUCGCCUGCUGCCCACAGAGUCCAAGGCGGACAUUAAAAUGUACGAUAUGAGCCAGUAUGCCGGCUAUAAUGCGCUCAGUCCGCUGACCAACUCACAUGCUGCCUUAGGCCAGGACUCGUACUAUCAGAGUCUCGGCUAUCAUGCGCCCGCCGGCACCACGAGCUUGUGACAUCAUCAGUAUCCGCUGGCUUAAGGGCGCGCGGAGCAGAUGCUGCGGCAGCAGCAGCAGCAACACUUGCAGCAACAGCAACAACAGCACCAACAGCAGCAACAACAGCAGCAGCAGCAGCAGCAACAACAACAACAGCAGCAGCAGCAGGCGACGCAGCAACUGACAUCCGCUACAAAUACAACAACAGCAUCCACAAAGGCCAGCAGCAAGCCAGCAGCAGCGGUGGCCGUCAACUAUUCACAAAAGCUGGCUGCCACAGUGCAACAACAGCAGCAGCAACAGCAGCAGCAGCAGCAACAACAGCAGCAGCAGCAGCAACAGCAGCAGCAGCAACAUCAACAGCAGCAACAGCAGCAGCAAUUGCUGCAUAGCCAACUGUCAGCGGAACUGCAGGAGGAUUCAUCGAAUAUUACCAGCGACCUAAGCGAGGAGCAACUGCAGCAGCAUCAGGCGGCACAGCAGCAGCUCUACAACAACUAUCAGCAAUAUGCGGCUGCUGCCAGUUACCGCAACUGGAAUCACAGUUUGACAUUCAACAGCGCUGCCGCAUUGCAGAAUCUGCUGUAGCCCAGCAGCACAAGGCGAGGCUUUGUGUAGGACCCGAACCUCGGACUCGGACUCGGAAUCGAACUCGAACACAAUCUUCGCCGCCUCAAUCAUAAUCUCAGUGGCAGUCAGAGCCAGAGACAGAAGAGUCUCAAUCAGAGUCUCAGUGUUGAUCGGCUGCCAAUUAGCGAGCGGCUGUUCAAUGGCUUUUAGCACCUGGGCGCAUCCUUUGAGCUCGAGCACGUGAGUAUGACCACGAGUACGACUAUGAAUACGACAACGACUAGAAGAGAGUUGUUAUAUAUGGUAGAGAGUCCGACUCCGCUUCCUCCUCCUCCACAACUUGUAAAUAGUUCAAUUUACUCUUCUACUGCAAGCACUCAGUCUUUGCUUUGUCUUUGCCUUUUAUGUUUACGAGUAUCUUUUGUUUUUGUUUUUCGAUGUCGUUCUGUUGAGGAAUUCAAGAAAAAAAGUGAUGUAGUUGUAAGUGCAGCAAAAACGGCCACAAUGUAUAAUCAAUUACGUUAGCCGUUAAGCAAAGAUCUUUGUUAACAUUUAUGUUUGCUAAAAGAAAAACAAAACAAAAAAAAAAAAGAAUUAAGAAAACAAGAAAUUCCGUGCCAUUUGUUUAUCCUCAAAGUAAGCAAUAACAAUCAAAUCGGUUAAAACAAAUAAUCAGCAUUUUAAAUGUGUGUGAAACGAGAGAAAGAAAGGAAGAGAAAAGGAAGAGAGAGCAAUGCGGGAUUGUGUGUAAUGUUCAUCUAAAACAACAAAAAAAAAAAACACAAAAAACAAAAUCCUUUUAUCCAAAGGCAAUCGAAUUCGAAUCGCAAAUGAUCAAAAACCAAAAACUAAAUAUCCAACAAAAUGCAAAAGACCCCUAAGAAUCUUCAAAUUAUUUAACUAAGCAACUAAAUUUGGCCAUGCAUAGGAAACGUCACGUUUUAAUUAAACAUUUUACAAAAUGUAAACGUUAUGUAUAAUUUAUGAACCUAUAUUGAAUCAUUUCUUUACAAAUGCAGCAACAAUUUAUUGAUUUUCUUUGUUAUUGUACGAAUUCGCUUAGGCUUAAGCAUUCUGUAAAUAAUUAGUCUAUAUAUAUAAAUAGAACUCUAUAUAUAUAUAGAAAUAUGUAUGUAUAUUUAAUUCUAAGCAAGCUAAAAUUAAACUUGAUGCCCAAAAAAAGCAAAAAACGAAAAAAAGAGAUAAAAAACAAAAACAAUUUUUAAACUAACUUGAGAAUUAAUCAAAUUGUAUGCUACACAACAUUAAUAAAUAUUGUAUAGCAUUUAACAUUUAAUUAGCAUAAAUAAAAUCAACAAAAAAGAACAGAAUACAAAAAAAAUACACAAACUGAUAAAGCAAAAAAAUAUGAAAAAAAAACAAUGAACGAAAAACUGCAAUUAUUAUUCAAUAAUUUUUAAUAUUAAUUUUAUUAUUGUGCGUAUACAAAAUCACAAAAACACACACACCCACGCGCAUUUUUACAUUGAGCUAAGCUAAUUGAUUAAACUUAAUACAAAACAAAACAAAUAAUAAUAACAAAAAAAAAAAAACUUGAAACCCAAAAUAGUUUAAAUAUGACAAAACAACAACAAUGUAAAAUACACAAACUAAAAUUCAUAAAUGUCAACCGAAAACAAAACAUAAAAUGAAAAUCCAAAAUCUAAAGCUAGUUAAAAUUAAUAUUAUAAAUCAUGCAAAAAUUAAAAAAAGACUAUUUUAAUGUUUGAAAUAUAAAAAAAAAAAGAAAUGAAAAUAUAUCAACGAAUUGUUUUAACUUUCCAUUGACAAAGCAAUCAAUGCGUUACCUUUGUUGACUUAAACAACUGACCUCCAACAAGCACUUCUAUAUUGAUUGGGCUGGGCUAUCAAUGCAGCAACAUGGAACGACCGAUAGCACCUAUGAGUACGAUAUAUAUGUGUGUAUAUAUGUAUGCACAUUCGUAUAUAUGGACUGCACCCAACUCAUCGGGCGAUUCCAAGAGUUCUUGUGCCU